CGAGGUCUAUACACGACUGUAACGAUUGGUGAGGAAGUCAGAACAAUUUGAAUGCUACGUUUUGUGAAGUGUUUGACUAAGAAAGUGUGUUAUAGCUUCCCGUCAAAGUGAAACCGUAUCAGGGACAAAUUGGACUUUCAGGUAAGUUUUGUGUUCGUUAAAUGUGAAGUGCUACCAAACCGGCGUUCGCUGCGCCUCCUGUGCGAAUACUAUACUCGACAAAUUCGACACUUUGUCACAGGAGCAUUAAGGUUUGUUGUGUAACAAACGAGAUAACGGUCUGAAAUCUCUAUGUAGCCCCCCACUAUCGUAGUGCCUCUGUUUACGUAUGUGUAGUGCUUCAGUCAAUAGUCGUUGUGGUGUUGUGUCACCUGUGCUACUCAGCUGAUCUUCAGUUUGGCUGGAGUCGCGGACUAAUCAACGAAAAUUCGGUAGAAUAUUAGGCAAGGCUAGUAACAUUUGUGGCUGCAGCACCAGAGGUCAACGACCAUGAGUGACUUCAUCGAAAGUGAAGCAGAAGAAAGCUCCGAGGAGGAGCAGACCGAUGAAACUCGUCUUCAUAAGAAAAAAGGGCGGCCGGCUGCUCAAAUCGACUCGGACGAAGAAGAAGAUGAUGAGGAGAAGUUAGCCGAAGAAAUGAAAGACCUUAUCAAUGACGAUGAGGAAGAAGAGGAAGGCUCAUCAGGAUCUUCGUCAGGUUCAUCGUCGUCGGGUGAAUCUGGCGAAGAAAGCGGACGUGAAGACGUAGGAGAAGGCGGCCACAAGGAAAAGAAGCAUAAGAGAAAGCAUGAUUAUGAUGACGAUAACAUCGACGACGAUGAUUUCGACCUCAUCGAAGAAAAUCUUGGUAUAAAAGUUCAGCGCAAGAAGAAGCUCAAACGUGUUAAGGUGCUCGAUGAAGAUGAAGAAGAAGAGGGCGAUAAAGAAAAAGAUAAAGAUGAACUUGCUCAGGAAUUAUUUGAGGACGGUGAUGAAGAUAUGGAUGAAACCGCUUCGAGAGCUGACAGAGAUUCAUCUCGACAUCCUGAAGAUAUUCACAGAUCACAGGAUGAGGACCUCGGCACCGAAUCGGGAUCAGAUGAUGAUGUAAAUGAUUUUAUUGUCGAUGACGAUGGCCAACCCAUAACGAAGACCAAAAAGAAACGUCACGUCAAAUAUUCAGACAGUGCUUUACAGGAAGCGCAGGACAUCUUCGGGGUUGAGUUUGACUAUGAGGAUGUUCGUGGAUAUGAUGAUGAAUUCGAGGGUUCUGAGGAGGAUGAAGAAUACGAAGAUGAGGAGGAGCAGGAACCUGGCGCUAGGCCAGCUAAGGCCUCCAAAGCUGCUGGUAAAAAGGCUGCUGCAAAGAAGUCUAUCUUUGAAGUAUUUGAACCGAUUGAACUGGAACAGGGUCACUUCACCGAUCGAGAUCAGGAAAUUCGUACAACUGAUGAACCGGAGCGUUUUCAGUUGCGUGGAGUACCUGUCACUCAAGCUGACGAAACGGAACUUGCGGAAGAGGCAGAGUGGAUCUUUCGUCAGUGUUUUCUUAAGCCCACGAUUUCUAUACAAAAGCCGCCGCUGGGCUCGGACUCGUCCGAUAGCGGUGAUCGCUCAUCGAGUGGUCACCAGCCACUGGGAGGUAAAAAGAGCCGUACAGCCGUCAAUAAAAUCUGCGAGACACUCAAGUUUAUGCGCAACCAGCAUUUCGAAGUUCCAUUUAUCGCUUUUUAUCGAAAAGAGUACGUCCAACCAGAACUAACAAUUAAUGACCUGUGGCUAAUCUACAAGUGGGAUGAGCGCUGGUGUCAUCUCCGUCAACAAAAACUAAACAUGGAAAAGCUGUUUAAGAAAAUGCAGGAAUAUAUCUGUGAGCAGAUUCUAAACGACGACUCUGCCGCUGAUAAUUUGCGACAAAUUGAGGAGACUGACUUCGAACGACUCCGUGAGGUGCAGUCUUCGGAAGAAUUGAAGGAUGUGUACCUUCAUUUUCUCCUCUACUAUGCCCAGGAUUUGCCCGCAAUGCAAGAAGCUGCGAUGCUUAAGCAGAAACAAAAGCGGGAAGAAGUCCGUCGGAAACGGCUCGAAAAACAGAAAGAGAAAGCGGCUCGCCAGGCCGAAGGAGGUGACGGCGCCGAUGAAGAAAGUGCCGAUGACGAACUUGAGGACGAGGACGACGGUGAAAAAGAAGAACUAUUUUUAAAAAGAGCAAAACAAAAGGACUGCUUUGCUGUUUGCCGAGAGCUAGGUUUGCAUGGGCUCGCCAAGAAGUUUGGUCUUACUCCACAACAAUUUGGUGAAAACCUUCGCGACAAUUAUCAGCGUCAUGAGGUGGUCCAAUUUCCUGUGCAACCCCUAGAGGCAGCUGCAGAGUAUGUAAAUGAUCGUUUAAAUACACCCGCUGAAUGUCUUAAAGCCGCAAGGUAUAUGGUGGCCUGCGAAAUCGCCCGUGAUCCUACGGUCCGUCGUUGUGUACGGGAAACUUUCUUCGAACGAGCCAAACUGAGUGUCACACCAACAAAGACGGGAAUUAAAGAGAUUGACGAAUCGCAUCCCUGUUACGCCUUUAAAUAUUUAAAGAACAAGCCUGUCCGUUCUCUACAGGGAGAUCAGUUCCUAAAAUUGAAGAUGGCUGAAGAUGACAAGCUAAUCAAGAUCUUUGUCCGUAUGGAUGGUGAAGGCGCAUCGGAUUCAGGCUCGUAUGCCCAUGACGUGCGUCAGCUUUACCAUCGUGACGAAUUCUCGAAAAAUGUCCAAGAAUGGAAUGGACAACGAGAAGAAGCUCUAAAUUAUGCCCUUAAUAGAUUGCUGUAUCCGACACUGGAAAAAGAACUUAAGUUGCGACUACUGCGAGAAGCAUUCGAUCACGUUUUAAGGGCGUGUGCGAACAAGCUUUAUAACUGGCUCAAAAUCGCACCAUAUGAACCUCCCGAAGAAGUUCAGGAGGAGGAGGAUUUCGAUACACGUGAUGGCGUGAAGAUACUGGCCAUCGCCUACCAGAACGACUGGAACAUCCCGGCAUUCGGAGCCCUAAUUAGCGGCGAAGGAGAAGUAACUGAUUACAUUCGAUUAGAGAAUCUUCUCAAGAGACGGAACGCUCGUCGUGAGACUGAACGUGAGGGAAAACAACGAGAUAUGGAAAAACUGAAACGAUUCCUUGCAGAUAAGAAGCCUCACUGCGUGGUAAUCUCUGCAGAAAGUCGAGAAGCGCUGAGCGUCAAGGAAGACGUGGAACAGGCCAUCCGGGAGCUUUCUGAAGAAGAACAAUUUCCGCCGCUGCAGGUGAUGCUUUUAGAUAACGAGUUAGCUAUGGUUUACGCCACCUCAAAGCGAGCCGAACAAGAUUUUGCGCAAUAUCCACCUUUGCUAAAACAGGCCGUAUCACUCGCUCGUCGUAUGCAGGAUCCUCUCAUUGAGUUCUCUCAAUUGUGCGGCCAUGACGAAGAAAUAUUGUGUUUGAAAUAUCACCCUCUUCAGGACAAUGUGCCAAAAGAAGAAUUUGAAUGGGUUUUAGCUAUGGAGCUUAUUAAUAGAACAAAUGAGGUCGGUGUAGACAUUAAUCGAUGCGUUGAGCAGAGCCAUACAUCGGGACUACUGCAGUUUGUGUCUGGCCUUGGACCGCGUAAGGCGUAUGCUAUUAUCAAGAACUUAAAACAAACGCAUUCGAAACUCGAGGGCCGCUCAAAUCUCGUAACUAGCUUGAAACUUGGCCCUAAAGUGUUUCUCAAUUGCGCUGGGUUUAUCCGUAUCGACACAAACUCAUUCGAGAGUAGUUCGAGUGCUUACGUCGAGGUGCUAGAUGGCUCGCGAGUUCAUCCCGAAAUGUAUGAGUGGGCACGCAAAAUGGCGACGGACGCCCUCGAUUAUGACGACAAUGAUGAGGCGAACCUCAAUCCCGCCGAGGCGCUAGAAGAGAUCCUCGAUAAUCCUGAUAAACUCAAAGAUCUUGAUCUCGACGCAUUUGCUAUCGAACUUGAACGGCAGGGCUAUGGCAACAAGAGUAUUACAUUAUACGACAUUCGGGCUGAGCUAAAUCAUCGUUAUAAAGAUCUCCGUGUCGACUAUGCGCCGCCCGAGAAGGAGGUUUUGUUUAAUUUGCUAACUAAAGAGACACCGGAGACCUUCUACCUGGGCAAGCUGGUUACGUGUCAGGUAUCUGGUAUUGCUCGCAAAAGGCCUCAAGGGGACCAGUUGGAUCAGGCUAAUCCCAUCCGUAACGACGAGUCUGGACUAUGGCAAUGUCCCUUCUGUCUCAAAAAUGAUUUCCCGGAGCUCUCCGAAGUGUGGAACCACUUCGAUGCGGGUAAUUGUCCAGGACCGGCCAUGGGUGUCAAGGUCCGUUUCGACAACGGUAUUACGGGCUUCAUCCCAACGAAAAACCUGUCAGAUAAACGCGUCGCUAAUCCGGAAGAGCGCGUUCGUGUUGGACAAAUCAUCCAUGGACGUGUGACGAAAAUCGAUAUCGCACGAUUUGCUGUUGAACUGACAACCAAGAGUUCUGAUCUCGCUGAUAAAAACGGUGAGAUGAAACCACCAAAGGAUUUAUAUUAUGACCAUGACGCAGAUGAUAAAGAGCGUCGCAAGGCGGAUGAUGCACAAAAACAUAAACAGAGACAAGUUUAUGUCAAACGUGUGAUCGUCCAUCCUUCAUUUCAUAAUAUUAGUUACCAAGAAGCAGUCAAAUUGUUAAAGACCAUGGACCAGGGCGAAAUCGUCAUUAGACCAUCCUCGAAAGGCGUGGAUCACUUGACCGUAACGUGGAAAGUUCACGGAGACAUUUUGCAGCAUAUCGAUGUGCAGGAGAAAGGAAAGGAAAAUAGUUUUUCGCUUGGGUCAUCGUUAAUUAUAAACGGCGAGGAAUUUGAAUGCCUCGACGAAAUCAUAGCUCGUCAUGUUCAGCCAAUGGCUGGGUUCGCAAAGGACAUUGCUUCUUUUAAGUAUUUCUUCGAUUUCGAGGGCGGUAAAAAGGAACAAGCCGAAAAAUGGCUACAAGAAGAAAAACGAAAAGCACCUGCGAAAAUUCCUUAUUGUAUUUCCGCCUGCGCCAAUUUACCAGGCAAGUUUCUACUUUCAUAUCAACCAAGCACAAAGCCCCGGCACGAAAUGGUGACAGUCACACCGGAUGGUUUUCGUUAUCGAAGCCAGGUGUUCCAUUCGUUAAACGCUCUGUUCCGAUGGUUUAAGGAACAUUUUCGGGACCCGAUCCCGCUUGGAGGGUCGUCAGCAUCGGCAGUUACUCCCGGCGCCGCAAGCACCCACCCAUAUAUGACACCAGGGAUGGCGACGCCCGGUCGAAUGAGCGCCGUACCAAUGGUAAUGGCUACUCCAGGUAUGGCCACACCUGGAGCCCGAACCCCAGCUUCUAUUGCGACAGCGUCCUAUGCCGCUGCUUAUAACGCUGCUGGCGCAGGUUAUGGAGCAACGACUGCCGGCUUCGGGGGUAUGACUCCCCAGCCAAUGCAGAUCUCGACGACACCCGGCUACGUGACACCUGGGCAAAGUUACGCCGGAAACUACGGCGGAUCAAUGCCCCCACCGACAACGCCCAGUUCGUCGUAUCAUCGAAAUCCUCAGUCAUCGUCACGAUCGCAUCACGGAUCGCCCUCACCAAGUCCGCGACCAUCUCCGCGUUCACACCAGUCUAGCGGAUCCACGCGUUCCGGUGGAGGCAGUAGUAGCAGGGAUCAGCACGGGAGCAGCUCGUCCUUAGCUGGCGCAGGACGCUCUGCUGAAGACUGGAAAAAAAUGGCUGUCGAUUGGGCUAGCGGCAAAUCGAGAAACCAGGGCGGAGCUCGACGAGAUUAAGAAGGGAAGUUACAUAGGGGUAUAGUAACGCAUGGGAAAUAGGCAGAACAAAUCUAAUGGGCGAUUGGACGACUGAUUAUUGCCAUUCACCAAACAAAGAAGAAAAAUGCGGAAAUACUUAGGGCCUGGAGGGAAAGUAUUUAUGUAUCAGCAGUUUCCUUUUCGGCCAAAAGGUUGUCGAUAGUUAUGUACAUACAGAAAUGCUGAGAAGAGACACAAGCCACGUAAAAUGGGUUUCUUGCAAUACAUAAUGAACCUAUCGAUCUAGCGGAAUAUGUCUAUGUAAUUAGUCAUUACAUCUUUUUCCAUUAUUGUCAUGUCUUUAUAUAUAUAAAAAUCUGUCUACAUUAAAAAAACACGUUGUCGUGAAACGGACUAAAUUAAUCAUGUAUUAUUGUUUUUUUUUUGCAAAAGAAACAGAUAAAAAGGGCGAAUAAAAGAAAAUGAUAUUGAGGUUUAUCAGUCGAGAGCAGAAAGGUUCUGUCAAAAAGUUUUCAAUGAAAGAAAAACGAACAAGUUACAAAAUGCAUAUAUAUAACGCGUACGGUGUUGUUUGUAAUUAAAAAAAAAAAGUUAAAAACAAAACGAAUGAAAUAAUGCUUUUGACCUAACCCAGUGGGAUCUUAGCAAUAGCUUAGCAUAACUAGCACUGUUAUUAUCGAGGUUUCAUUAAAUAAAGUACUUACGUUUUGAGUGUCAUAA